AUGCCUCUAGACCAGCACGUCACGCAGCUCGCAAUCAAUUAUCGUCUCUCUCCUCCUUCAUUUGACAUCUCGAGCUCGAAGCCUGUCCAUCGUUUUCCCCAGCCGAUACAUGACGUCGCCGUCUCGUUCAACUACAUUAUCUCCACCAUCCUCCCGGCCCUCUUUCGAACGUCGGACAGUGAUGCACAAGAUCCCAAUAUCUAUCUCGCUGGCUCACACAUCGGCGGCGCUCUCGCCACGGGGCUAGCACUCAGCGAACCUAAUGUCAUCUCCGCAGUCGCUGUGCACAAUGCUGUAGUAGAUUGGGUCUCGCUCGACGAGUACGGGACCCCCAACCCUGCAGGCAAGGGCAAGAAACCAGGCGGGGAUCCAGACUCCAUAGCCGCAGCAGCACAAUCUCUGAUCGCCUCAAGGACAGAGCUCUUCCCUACGCCCUCCGCGUAUUUCGACCCCUUCGCAUCACCUGUCCUCUUCUUGCGGGCACCUGGCCGUGAUACGCCAUCAACGCACGCCGAAGCCCUGGGUCUGCUUGACGGUCUCUCCGACGAUACUCUUACCGGCAUAGCUACUGAAGAGUCCGCUGCUCAUCUUAUCACGCCUCCCACAACUCCCACCCACGAGGCCGCGAAUCACGACAUGUCUACAUACGGCCCCUACGACGACGAUCUUCCGCCAUUCGUACCACCAACCAUUACUCCUCCCCUAUCACCGCACGACCACGACCGCCGCCCCGUUCGCCGCCGCAAAGUCCUCCGCCGCUGGCCGCCCGUUGGUAACCCAGAGUCCAUCACCCUCCCGCGUUUCCAGAUCUUUACUACCCCGCCCACGGACGUACAGGACGGUGUCGGCUGGCUGCUGCACCGGCAAACAGAGGAGCUGAGCAUCCUACUGCGCCGGGCUUGUUUCUGGGGACGGGAGACAGGCUAUGCCGAGGAGCAGGUGGGCGUGACGGAGGUGGUGCCAGGACAGGAUGGAGAAGACGUGGCAACGGCGACAGCGAUGGGCAGUUGGCUCGCGGAGCGCAUGGAUGAGGACGGAGAGGCGUGGGCCCGCACACAGAAGCUGCACGAUGCCGUGGCGAGAAGUCGAAGGGACGAAGCCGCUGAUGCACAGCGGGGCUGGCGGGCUACAUGA